GUCCUGGACCGAAACUGGAUGCGCACGCCCCUUCCCUGCGGCGGGGAGGCGGACAAGGCUCCGCUCCAUCUCCAGCGCCUCGGAGCGCUCUCCGGUUUUGCUGUGUAGCCCGGCGGCAGCGCGAUCUCUUAGGCGCUUUCACCGCCUUCCUCUCCCGGCCCUGCCCCUUUGACGCCGGCAGUCGCGAUGUUGCGGAGACUGGAUUUCAGCUUCGCGGUCGGCGGAGCGGCCCCUGGAGGGCGCAGUGCGCAGGCGUGAGCGGUCGGGCCCCGACGCGCGCGGGUCUCUUUUGGAGCCGGAGUGAGUUCCUGGGCGAGGGGACCCGGCAGCGGUGGAUUGGGGGGCUAGGUGCUUCCACAGUCAGCCAUGGCAGCGCUGCGCUACGCGGGCCUGGACGACACGGACAGUGAGGACGAGCUGCCCCCGGGCUGGGAGGAGAGAACCACCAAGGACGGCUGGGUUUACUACGCCAAUCACACCGAGGAGAAGACUCAGUGGGAACAUCCAAAAACUGGAAAAAGAAAACGAGUGGCAGGAGAUUUGCCAUACGGAUGGGAACAAGAAACUGAUGAGAACGGACAAGUGUUUUUUGUUGACCAUAUCAACAAAAGAACUACCUACGUGGACCCAAGACUGGCAUUUACUGUGGAUGAUAAUCCAACAAAACCAACCACCCAGCAGAGAUACGACGGCAGCACCACUGCCAUGGAGAUUCUCCAGGGCCGGGAUUUCACUGGCAAAGUGGUUGUGGUCACUGGAGCUAAUUCAGGAAUAGGGUUUGAAACUGCCAAGUCUUUUGCCCUCCAUGGUGCACACGUGAUCUUGGCCUGCAGGAACAUGGCGAGGGCGAGUGAAGCAGUGUCACGCAUUUUAGAAGAAUGGCAUAAAGCCAAGGUAGAAGCAAUGGCCCUGGACCUCGCUCUGCUCCGUAGCGUGCAGCGUUUUGCUGAAGCAUUCAAGGCCAAGAAUGUGCCUCUUCAUGUGCUUGUGUGCAACGCAGCAGCUUUUGCUUUACCCUGGAGUCUCACCAAAGACGGCCUGGAGACCACCUUUCAAGUGAAUCAUCUGGGGCACUUCUACCUUGUCCAACUCCUCCAGGAUGUUUUGUGCCGCUCAGCUCCUGCCCGUGUCAUUGUGGUCUCCUCAGAGUCCCAUCGAUUUACAGAUAUUAAUGACUCCUUGGGAAAACUGGAUUUCAGUCGCCUCUCUCCAUCAAAAAACGACUAUUGGGCAAUGCUGGCUUAUAACAGGUCCAAGCUCUGCAACGUCCUCUUCUCCAACGAGCUGCACCGUCGCCUCUCCCCGCGUGGGGUCACGUCGAACGCAGUGCAUCCUGGAAAUAUGAUGUACUCCAACAUUCAUCGCAGCUGGUGGGUGUACACACUGCUGUUUACCUUGGCGAGGCCUUUCACCAAGUCCAUGCAACAGGGAGCUGCCACCACUGUGUACUGUGCUGCUGCCCCAGAACUGGAGGGUCUGGGAGGGAUGUAUUUCAACAACUGCUGCCGCUGCAUGCCCUCGCCAGAAGCACAGAGCGAAGAGACGGCCCGGGCCCUGUGGGCGCUCAGUGAGAGGCUCAUCCAAGAACGGCUUGGCAGCCAGUCCGGCUGAGAGGAUCUCAGAGUGGAUGGGCGCAGACACCCGCCCUGUGUGUGUCCGCUCACGCAAGUGCCAGAGCUGGGCCCCUUCCAAUGUCCCUCCAACACAGAUCCGCAAGAGUGAAGGAAAUAAGAGCAGUCACAACAGAGUGAAAAAUGUUAAGUACCAAUGGGAAGCAGGGAAUUCCUGGGGUAAAGUAUCACUUUUCUGGGGCUGGGCUAGGCCUAAGGUCUCUUUGCUUUCUGAUGGUGGCCUGUUUGAAAGUAUAAAACCUGGUUGGUGUGUAGGUUCCAUAUCUCCCUGGAGAAGCACCAGCAAUUGUCUUUCUUUUACUGUUGAAUAGCCUGAGGUCCCCUCGUCCCAUCCAGCUAUCACCACGGCCACCACUGCAGCCAGGGGCUGGCUUUCUCCUACUUAGGGAAGAAAAAUCAACUGUUCACUGCUCCUUACUGCAUUGAUCCAGGAGAUAAUUGUUUCAUUCAUCCUGACCAAGCCUGAGCCAGUUUAGCAACUGCUGGGGAGACAAAUCCCAGAACCUUGUCCCAGCCAGCCAGGAUGGCGGUGACAC